CUUCCUUUCUGGAACUGAUUUUUGUUUCCAACCACACUGAGAAUCUCUCCCCUUCCCUCUCUCCCUCCCUCUCUCCCUUCCUCCUCUCCCCCUCCCUUUUGCUCUCUCGGCAGAAGCAGGGGACAGAGAGAGAGCAAGCCGGGGACCGAAGAGAGAACACAGACAGCAGGGCAUCACUUGGACGGACUCUUGUCUUCCAUCUGAGGAUAAUCACACCCGAGCUGUACUUCGCCUUUGGUUCCGUUUCUGAACACUUCUUUUCCAUUCAGCCGGCCGGGAGAGACAAAGCCCCGUGCCCCGAGCGCCAGAGCUCUGGUCGGGGGCUGGCUGGUUGUAAAUUGACGUGGCAUGGAAAUUCUCCGCUAAGUUGCAGCAGUUUGUGAGCUCCUCGGAGAUCCAGCCCAGCGUCCCGGAGCCGGAGCAGAACCAUGGGCUCUGUGCCCUUCCAGAAGAAUGGAUAAAGUCCCCCGCUCCUCGCCCGGGACCCGCCGUUUGCUUUCUGGAUAUCUCUCAUUUCGCUGAAAAUCAAACUAAAACAGCGAAGUCUGUAACUUGGUUUUCUGCAGCUUGAACAAGAGAAUUGGCUGCUCCGGUGCCCCUUGCUCGUCCCCGCAAUCUUAACUCCUUGCAGACUUUGCCAUGGGGUGCGGACUUAGGAAGCUGGAAGACCCUGAUGAUAGCAGCCCUGGAAAAAUAUUUUCUACCCUCAAGAGACCGCAAGUGGAAACAAAGACAGAAUUUGCUUAUGAGUAUGCGCUGCUGGAUUUUACUUUACAAGCUUCAACAAACCCAGAAGUCAUCAAGAUAAAUUCAGUUCUGGAUAUAGUUGCCAAGGUGGAAGACUAUUAUCUUAAGGGCUAUGUUGUUGGGGCCAUUCAUCCGGUUAUACAGCCUGUGGGGCAUCGCAAACAUCUCCCAGCCAGUCACCUGUACAGAGUGGUGCUGACUCGCGUGAAAGUGAGCUCCAAGCACUCAGCAGCGCCGGGGGGACCGAGGCAUGCCAGGCUUGUCAUGGAGGAGUGUCCACUCACCUAUGAGACACCAGCGAACGACGCAGCAAAGGAACUCAUGGAAAAGGUUAAUGCUGCUGCUAAAAGAGGAAUGAAGUUUGUUGGGUUCGUGUCACAGUAUCGCUUGCCGUCUAAACACUGCAAUGGAACCAGCCACGACGGAGAUGCAGAACCGGGGCUACCCAGGAGACACGGUUCCCACGACAGCCACAAAAGCUGGAGUGAAGGAGACGUCAGUGCGGCCUUGUCUGACAGCGGACCGGAGGAGGAGCCUCAGCGCGAAAGCGGACGGAAGACGGAAGGCAACAGCAGCCCCAGCGACUCGAAACCAGAGCGGGGAGGAGAUCACAAGCUGUACAUGGUCUUCAAUGCUUUUGACGAGGAUUCAGCCUGCUGGACCUACCAGGAAGGUGUCCUGUCCAUGAAAGUAACAAGGAAAGGAGCCGCCAUCAACACCCUUGAGGCCAACUGGCUGGAACUGACUACGUUUUAUUAUAAGCAAGGCUUGUCUUUAGUUGACUCUUUUGUGUGCUGGGAGACACCUAAAGGGGACCAUUUGCCUAAAUCUCUGGAAGGAUUUUUUAUCUAUGAAGAAGAAGGUUCUGGAGUUCCAGGCUCUAACAGGAAAGGAAACGAUGCCAUUGUGGUGGAGCAGUGGACCGUCAUUGAGGGCUGCGAAAUCAAAACGGACUAUGGCCCUCUGCUGCACACUCUGGCUGAAUUCGGAUGGCUCCUGACCAGCGUGCUGCCCACGCCGAUACUGAAACACGACAGUGAAGGGAAUUUGGCUACAAAGCAGGUCGUAUUUCUCCAAAGGCCAGCGGUGUGGAGUUCAGCUGCCCAGACCCCAGAAAGGAAAGCUAGCCGGCUGCUGAAGGGUGAGGACAGGAACAAGGUCGGCAGCAGCAGCAGGAGCCUGGGCCUGGACACCAGCCCGUCCCAACCCGCAGACGGCCGAGCCCCCCUUGAGGGGGACCCCCUCUCCCCCUCCAGAGAGUGCUGGACCAAGGAGGAGCGGCCGCCGGCACAGAGCGACAGCUUCUUGGGGUUCAGCAGCAGCGACAGCGUGCUCCGGGAACUGGAUGACGGACAGUUGGACCAGGAGGAGGGCGUGACGCAGGUCACCUGCAUGUGAGCCGCCAAGUGAAGCUGUGGGAGGCCCUGUAAAUAGUUAUUAAAAUGACUGCCCGCUGCCUUAUUUCACUACUACUAUGCACUUAAUGUAACGUUUUUAACUCCCAGGCUCGGCCUUCCCCUAACCUAGGUAAACUUUGUCUCAGUCUCCCAGACAAGGAAGAAUAACCAAUUGUUUAUCAAUCUAAAACCAUGCUUACAUGUCUCUCAACUGAAACAUCUGUGUAAACAGAUGUCCCAACUGGCCAUUAAGCAACAACUUGGUUCCACUUCCUCACGAAUGGACAAAUCAGUAUUUCUCCUCGUGCCUGUUAAAAAGACUGACUAUUCAAAUUAUUGUUUCAACCAAUUAGAGCCUUCUCAGAAAGCUACAGCCUCGCUUAAACUCAAAAAUAUUCUCCCCCCCAUCUCUGUCCCUCUCUCGCAUAAUAUCUAUUCCCUGCCUAUAACCAUCAGUCUAACUAUUGCCUCUGCCUGUGGCAUACCUACAAACCAAGCCCCCAUUUGUCAAAAUAGUCUUCAAAAAAUUUUUUCCUA